AUGGCAGGUAAAAAAGGUGCGCCGCCGAAGGCGCUGCAGCAUCCCAAUUCGCGCGGGGUGCGGCAACUUGAGCGCCGGACGCGCCGAGAAGAAAGGCUUAGCGAGCGAGAAAAAAGACAACACAGCCACGAGCUGCUGGAGGCCACGCGUUUUUUUUGGUUCCGGGAACAGUGCCUCGCCCUUGGCCGGUCGCGCUCUGCGUUUUCCGCUGAGGAGGUGGGGGCGCUAAUUCAUAUUUAUUUGGGGCGAAACGAUGCGGAACUUUCGUCACUCCGCUCACUGCGGGCCCCGCCCGCGGGGCGCAUCAAAAAAAUCGAGGCGCUGAAGGCGGCUGAGGCGGCCGAAUUUGAAUCCUCCAAGGGCAUCGCCGUUCCGGACAUCAGCGACAAAGACCACGUCGAAAUACUCACGGAGAUUUGGGACGGGCGCGCCGACACGCUUCGCCUGGUACCGCGGCGGCGCGUGGCUCGCAAGGCCGCCGCGGCGCCGCCCGGGUUGGUGGGGAAGCUGGAGGCGCGUUUGAAACCGAUCGAAGAGAUUCGCGAGACGGCGGCGGCGGCGGCGCCGAGAAGAGUCCAGAAAUUUCAGGCCCAAAGCCGGGCGCAGUCUGUGAAAAAGUGCAUCAAACCGGACGAGGUGGCGCAGCGUUCAAAACAGAGGGGCGUUGAGCAGCAGCAAAAGCGGCUAAAGAAGGAGCGCGCGAAGCUUCUGGCCUCCAGCCGCGGCGCUUAA